AUGGCUAAAGAAGAAUUCAAAUCAGUAGACAACUAUGAGCUAAGAAUGCCAGCUGUCUUACCAUUUGCCAAGCCAUUGGCCUCCAAAAAAUUAAAUAAAAAGGUUUUAAAAACCGUCAAGAAGGCUUCCAAGGCCAAGAAUGUUAAAAGAGGUGUCAAGGAAGUUGGUAAGGCCUUAAGAAAAGGUGACAAAGGUUUAGUAGUCAUUGCUGGUGACAUUUCUCCAGGUGAUGUUAUUUCUCACUUACCAGUUCUAUGUGAAGAUCACUCUGUUCCAUACAUUUUCAUUCCAUCUAAGCAAGAUUUAGGUUCUGCUGGUGCUACCAAAAGACCAACUUCUGUUGUCUUCAUUGUUCCAGGUAGUAAUAAGAAGAAGGACGGUAAGGCUAAAGAAGAUGAAUAUAAGGAAUCCUUUAAUGAAGUCGUCAAGGAAGUCAAAGCAUUAUAA